GCGGCGCGGGGCGGCGCGGCUGGCGGUGGCGCUGGCGCUGGCGCUGGGGGCGGCGGGGGCGGCGCUGGGGCUGCGGGCCCGCGACCCCCCCCCGCGGCGGCGGCGCGGGGGGCCUGGCGGCGGCGGCGGCAGCAGGCGGCGAGGCCUGCGGCGGCCUGCGCGGGAUCCCGGCCGCCCUCGGUAACAACACGCACCAGUGUGUCUUCGAUGACCUCAGCGGCUCCGUGUCACUGUCCUGGGUGGGCGACAGCACAGGGGUCAUCCUUGUCCUGACAACGUUCCAGGUGCCGCUGGUGAUCAUGAGCUUUGGGCAGUCCAAGCUGUACCGCAGCGAGGACUACGGGAAAACCUUCAAGGACAUCACCGGCCUCAUCAACAACACCUUCAUCCGGACCGAGUUCGGCAUGGCUAUCGGCCCGGAGAACUCGGGAAAGGUCAUCCUGACGGGUGAUGUCUCCGGCGGCAGCCGCGGCGGCAGGAUCUUCCGCUCGUCAGAUUUUGCCAAGAAUUUUGUCCAGACGGAUUUGCCCUUCCACCCGCUGGUGCAGAUCACCUACCACCCCCAAAACUCGGACUGCCUGCUGGCCCUCAGCACCGAGAAUGGCCUCUGGGUCUCCAAGGAUUUUGGGGAGAAGUGGGAAGAGAUCCACAAAGCCGUCUGCCUGGCCAAGUGGGGUGCGAACGACACCAUCUUCUUCACCACCUACCUGAACAACUCCUGCAAAGCUGAUCUGGGGUUACUGGAGCUAAAGAAAACCUCCGACUUCGGCAAAACCUUCAAGGUCAUCGGCACCAAGAUUUACUCCUUCGGGCUGGGAGGACGCUUUCUGUUCGCCUCCGUUAUGACAGAGAAGGGUACCACAAGGCGCAUUCACGUCUCCCUUGACCAAGGCGAGACCUGGAACAUGGCCCAGCUCCCCUCCGUCGGGCACGAGCAGUUUUACUCCAUCCUGGCCGCUAACGAUGACCUGGUGUUCAUGCAUGUGGACGAGCCAGGCGACACGGGGUUUGGUACCAUCUACACCUCCGACGACCGCGGCAUUGUCUACUCCAAGUCCUUGGAGCGGCAUCUCUACACCACCACCGGCGGCGAGACCGACUUCACCAACGUCACCUCGCUGCGGGGCAUCUACAUCACCAGUGUCCUCUCCGAAGACAACUCCAUCCAGUCCGUGAUCACUUUUGACCGCGGUGGGGAGUGGGUGCCGCUGCGGAAGCCCAAAAACACCACCUGCGACUCCACGGCCAGGAGCAAGGAGGAGUGCAGCCUCCACAUCCACGCCUCGUACAGCAUCUCCCAGAAGCUGAACGUCCCCAUGGCGCCGCUCUCCGAGCCCAACGCCGUCGGCAUCGUCAUCGCCCACGGGAGCGUCGGGGGGGCCAUCUCGGUGAUGAGCCCCGACGUUUACAUCUCGGAUGACGGGGGCUACACCUGGGCGCGGAUGCUGGAGGGGCCGCACCAUUACGCCAUCCUGGACUCGGGCGGGCUCAUCGUCGCCAUCGAGCACACCAGCCAGCCCGUCAACGUCAUCGAGUUCUCGACAGACGAGGGGCAGUGCUGGUACCAGUACGCUUUCUCCAAGGAGCCCAUCUUCUUCACUGGGCUGGCGUCGGAGCCGGGGGCGCGCUCCAUGAACGUCAGUAUCUGGGGCUUCCGCGGGAGCUUCCUCUCCCGCAAGUGGGUCUCCUACACCAUCGACUUCAGCGAGCUGCUCAGCAGGACCUGCGAGGACAAGGACUACACCAUCUGGCUGGCGCACUCCAGCGACCCCAGCAACCCCAGUGACGGCUGCAUACUGGGCUACAAGGAGCAAUACCGACGUCUCCGCAAGUCCUCGGUGUGCCAGAACGGCCGGGACUACAUGGUGACCAAGCAGCCGUCCGUCUGUCCCUGCACGCUGGAGGAUUUCCUCUGCGAUUUUGGCUACUACCGCCCGGAGAACCAGUCUGUGUGUGUGGAGCAGCCGGAGCUGAAGGGACACGACCUGGAAUUCUGCCUCUACGGCCGGCGGGAGCUGCUCAAGACCAGCGGGUAUCGGAAAAUUCCAGGGGACAAGUGUUCGGGAGGGGAGAGCCCGAGCCGGGAGGAGACGGACAUGAAGAAGAAAUGCACCAGCAACUUCCUCAACCCCAGCCAGCUGGCAGCAUCCACCAGCUCCACCCCCAUCAUCCUGGCCGUCGUGGCCGUGCUGCUUGUCACCGCUGUGGCCGGAGUCCUCCUCGUCAAGAAAUACGUCUGCGGGGGCAGGUUCCUGGUGCAUCGCUACUCUGUCCUGCGGCAGCACGCGGAGGCCAAUGGCGUCGAGGGCAUCGACACGCUGGACCCUGGCACCCUGGCCAGCAAGAGCGGCUACCACGAUGACUCCGACGAGGACCUCCUGGAGUAGCGGCACCGAUGCCAGGGACACCGCCACGCUGCUCGCAGGGACCCCCCACAAGCAGGACCCCCCGCGCAGGCAGGGUCCCCUCGCACGGGGGUGGCUUUGCUGCUGGGGGGGGGACACGCAGGGGUUUAACUUAACUCCACUUUAAUAUUUCCUUCCAGCGCGGGACAGGGGCUUUUACGAUCUUUUUAUUUUUCCCUUUUCUGGGUUGUUUUAUUUUAAGGAUGACUGAGUAGGAACUGCUGUCCCCCGUGGGGAGUAGCCCCCCCGCCCCCCCCUUCUAACCGCAGCAUCAGCCCCAGGGUGCUGGGGACAAGCCCUGAGGUGUCACCGCUGCUGGGGGGGAGGGGGGCAGCAGCCAGGCUUGCCUGCAGCCCCCAGCCCCGCUGCCUCUUUCUUCUCCAAAGCAAUACAAGCUGGGCUGCCCGCGCCGCGGCCGGGCCCCUCCCUACGCCCCCCAGCUUGGGGUGGGGGUCCCCAUGGCCAGGGGGUGUAACGGCCCAGCUCUGGCCCCCCCGGGCUGGCCUUGGCCGAGGGAAAUGCAGCAAUAAUGAAUGGAAGCUUGAAGCUCUUUACCGAGGGGCGGGGGGGGGGCUCAGCCCUGGCAGCCCCCCAGCAGGCAGGGGUGCAGGCAGGACGGGAGGGGCUGGCCUGGCCUGGCCCCCCCCCAAGUGCUGGGUCAGUCCUCGCCCCCCCGGCCCCCCCGCUUUGCACCCUGCCAGGAUUUGGUCCCAGCACUGUUACAGUCUCCUUACACUGGAAAUCUCCUUUUCUUUAGGGGAGGGGGGGGGCUGCACCCCCUGACAGCCCCCCCCACCCCCAGCCAGGGUGCCCGGCUCCUUGUGACCCCCCCCCCCCCCAGCUGGGCUGCAGGGGCUUCGUCUGACCCCCCCCCAAGCUGGGGCACGGGGUGCAGUGGGAUGGGGGUGCAGGAGGAGGGGGGGUACAGACCCUCUUCGUACCCUUCAGCCCCUCGUGCCCCACCACGGUUAUCGCAAUCUGGCCGUGCUGUCAUGACAUAUGGCUUCCGCUCUCGCCCCAGUGACUGUGCAAAGCCUGCUGCCCCCCCCCCACCCCCCCCCCCGCCACAGCACGGUGCCGGGGGGAUGGGGGGGGCCGUGGCCCCAGCGCCCCUUGCAUGUGCUUCAGCGUCCCCAUGGGACUCGCGGGGGGGCAGGGACGGAGCGUAACCCCCUAACUAAAAGCCAUAGCCCUGUGCCCCCCCCCCGCCUGGCUUGGGGGGGGGGACACACACCAAGGCCAGUGCAGAGUCCUGUAAAUAAACCUGGAUGUGUUAAUAACUUUGUACUGGUAUUUUUCUGUAUAUUUGCAAUAUUUGGGUUAUUAGAAAUAAAGCCAAAACGGA